AUGACCUCAUCAUGCCCUCUUCCUUCGACUGAUAUGCUUACCACCCUUCUCAAGUUCAAAUCCGAUGAAAUCCAACUACGUCUCAAUCGAUUUGCCUCUCCCAACUAUACCUACGUGACUGGCGUUGGCGAUAAGCCAAAUAAGUCUCAUCCUUCAUUGACCCUUCGUUGCGACCAUUAUGGACCACCCACAUCCACGAGCUACUGGAAAUCACAUUGCGAACAUAGUAUCACCUUCGAUCCGAAAACCAAAUCCUCGGAUAUAGGGGAUGGUCCAUGGAAGGUCGUGGGGGAGAUGAAGGGGCAUAAUCAUGGACCGAAAGGGAAGAAGAGCGAUUAUCCGAAUAUCAAAGGACGUGAUCCAGCCAGUGGUACAAUCAAAGAUCGAGACUCUAAUAAGAAGAAGGAAGAUGCUCACCAUCUCGGUAAGAUGAAAAAUUGUAGAGGCGAAGCUGUUUGGAAUAAUAUGAAAUAUUGGGAUAGACCGAGUAAGCAAGGAUCAAGUAAAGAAAAUAUCACCACAGCAUCCGACAAGACCAAGUCUUUCAAUUCAUCCCACCCACCUAACGACCCUUUGAACUCCCUUCCUUCCUCCAGUGGAUCUUCACCCUCCGUCACACCCAUCUCGCCCCCUUCCACUUCAAAGUCAGCCGCACAAAGCAAUUCAACAGCAUCUUCACCGAUCCUCGCUAAUCACCCGUCCGAUAGUGGCAGCACCACGACCACUAAUAGUGAAAUCUCGCGAUUGCUCACGUACGGCAAACAUACUUCCUCUGAUCAAGAUCUACAAGUCAAGUACGAUACUUUAUAUACUGAUCAUGAAAAUGCUAAACAGCAUGUACGAAAGCUCAAAAAAGAUAAUCAAUUGCUUAUUGAUGAGAACGAAGCUAACCAGAAGAGAAUCAAGGAAUUAGGAGAUCGAUUGAAAGAAAUCAUGGCUCUCAGUAAAAGCUCAACUGGUCGGACCACCAGUACGGUCUUAAAUCACAACAAAUGUAAGGAGGUAGAAAGUCAGCUACAAACCUUACUCGAUAAAGCCAAUGACAAGAUAGAGGAUCUAAGGAAAGCUUUAAAGGCGAGGGAUGAGUUGGAUAAAUUAAAAGAGGAAGAAGAGACCAUCAGAUCCGAUAGGGAGAAAGAGAAAAGGAAGCGUGAGAUGGAAGAAGAUAGACGAAAACAAGAGGAUGUGAAGAGAAAGUUAAUGAUUGAUAAUGAGGAGAUGAAGUUGAGGGAGAAAAAAAGGAGGUUGUUGGAAGAUAUCCAAAAAGGUAGAGAACAAUGUUGA